UGCGCAAUUUGUACAUGCAUAGUGAUGAUUUAAAUUUGUUUUGUCCUGAUUAAGCCAUAACUGCUUAAGUAUUUGGAUGUGCUAGUUACGGUUAAGGUAUUGUGUUUAUAAUGCCGUUUAAUUUUAGCGGAAAGAAAAUGUUGGUGACUGGGGCAGGGAAAGGCAUCGGACGUGGUGUAGCUAUUGCACUGAGUCAAAGCGGAUGUAAAGUUUAUGCUCUAAGUCGGACAAAGUCUACGCUUGAUACAUUAGUGGAGGAAUAUUCAAGCAUUGCACCCAUCGAAGCUGACUUAUGUAAUUGGGACGAUACAAGAGCAAAGUUAGAAAAACUUGAAGCUUUGGACGGUUUGGUGAAUAAUGCUGGCAUAACUGGUCAUGAUUACACAGCAUUGGAGUGUCCAAGAGAGUACUUGUGUAAGAUACUGGAUAACAACCUUCUUAGUGCAAUAAACUGUUCACAAGUGGUCGCUAAGAAAAUGAUAGAAGUCAAAGUUAAAGGAUCAAUAGUCAACGUAUCGAGUAUAGGAGGCUUAGCUUCAGCUCCAAAUGCACUACCGUAUGUCGUGUCAAAAGCUGGAACGAAUAUGGCAACCAAACAGUUCGCUCUAGAACUCGGACCACAUGGUAUCCGUGUGAACUCCGUGAACCCGGCAAUCGUAAGGACACCAAUGAUGCAAGACCUCAUCGAGAAAGGUUUACCGGUGGAAAGGUUAGCUAUCGAAAGAUGCCCAAUGGGCAGGAUAAUAGAGGUACAUGAAGUCGUAGAUCCGAUCCUGUAUCUCUUAAGCGAUCACUCAUCCGUGGUGACUGGACAGACUCACGUUGUAGAUGGCGGUGUGCUCUCUAAUAUUACGGUCAAAAUAUAACUCUCUAAAGUGGUCAACGUGCAACUUAGUACCAUUAUAGUUGCAGUGUAACUCUGUAACAUUACGAUCAAAGUGUAACUCUCUAACAUCGCGAUCAAUGUGUAUCUCUCUAACAUUACGAUCAAAAUCUAACUCUCUAAUAUCAUGGUCAAAGUGCAACUUUGUACCAUUACAGUUACAGUAUAACUCUGUAACAUUACGAUCAAUGUUUAACUCUGUAACAUUACGAUUAAAGUUUAUCUCCCUAACAUUACGGUAAAAGUGUAUCAUGAAGUAGCGAGAGAAGUCAACUUAUAUUCAUUUAUCACACACGAAUAUGUUGAUGGAAUUCAGAGACCAUGUCAAAAGUGGAGAACUUCCUUUUACGGUUCAUGAAACUAUUGUUAAGAUAAUUUUAAAUUUAGUCUAAAUGAGCAGCGCUAACAUUUCCAAUCUGGGCACCCAGGCAAUUCUUCUAAUCGAUAGUGCUGAAAACAAUGUGUGAUAUAUUUGAAUAUUGUGCAGACACUUUUUAACACACCAAGGCUAAUUAGAUCAAUAGAACUGGAUAGCUUGUCGGAUGGGCGGACAAAUGGAUGGAUAAGUGUUUUGUUUAUUAUUUAAGAAAUAAUAAAUAUCUCCAUAUAUUCUAUCAGUUAAUAAAAUAUGGGCAGUCGAUCGGAUGCGUAAUAAUUAAAUCACGAGUGCGUAGUUUUCGGAUGCGUAAUAAUUAAAUCACGAAUGCGUAGUGUUCGGAUGCGUAAUAAUUAAAUCACGAGUGCGUAGAACGAGUGAUUUAAUAUUUGCAUCCGAACGACUGCCUAUAUUUUAUUAAAUGGUAAAAUUAUUUGAACAUAUUUAUUAUUUCGAUUCUAACCACGCAAAUUCUUCGCUUUUUACAGCACUAAAUUUAAGCUCGAUACAUCAUUCGGCUGGCCAUAUGCUAUUAUAAAAACCUCCCCACGAAUGGAAAGCGUUGCAUAAAUUGUAAUUUGCCAAUAGUCAGAAAAUAUUAAUUAAAGUAUUAAGUAGUUACUGCUGUGAAAAUAUUAUUUUCAAUAACAUCUAACUUCGGAUAUGGAAAUCAGAAGUAAAUACUCCAUUCAAAGUUUAUCUAUACAGUUUCGAAAAAUAGUACACGUAACCUAUGUUGACACUUAAACAUAAACACCAGAACAUAGCGGCAUAUGAAGACGUAAACACAUUAGUCUGGAAGAAUGGAGCAUGUAUUAUAAUUGAUUUACUGUUAAAGUAGAAUCUAGUUGACACUUGUGGUGACUACAACGCAGAAAUUGUAAUCUACGUAGACGACCAGAUAUAAAGCUAGAUGCACUGAUGUUGAAGUACUGUCUAGACUGACUGGAACAUUUUCUUACGGUUAGAAAUUAUUUGUUUCAGAAAAUUUGAUGUACUUUUUAUUACUACUAGUCUACUUAGCCCUGAAAAAGUCGAGUAUUUAGUUGGCAUAUACGGAAGCAGAGUAGAAUCUCACAGUCAUGUUACAAGCGUAGGGUGGAACGGAACAGCUAUAUUUUAUCGUAGAUUCAUGUAUAGGCGAUUUCACUAUAAACACAUGGAGCCAUUUCGGUUGAGGUAGUUCUGCAUAUGGGCAUUUAAGUAAAACAUUUACGCUUGUAACAUGACUGUGAGAUUCUACUCUGCUUCUGUGUAAGUGACUUAUUCUUGCAUUUAAAUUACAUUGAUACAAUGGUAAAUUGAUAUUUUAAUAUUCUUUGUCCCAAUUUCUAAUUUCUAUGUUCCAUUUUCUUAUUUCUUUGUAUGGAAAAGAUAAUCAGUAGUGUAAAACAUAACAUUUUAUCAAAAACAUUCCUGCAUGCAAAGUGGAUUUUACAUAUUUGCUAUGUUUAAAUUGUUAAUGCUGAAGUUUUAAUUUUUCUACGCCGUAAAUUUCUUUCUCUAGGUCCUAAAUUGCUAAUCGCUAACUGUAAAUUUCAUAACUCACUUUACAAGUGUUUCAUCAAGUCUCAUUAUUCGCAUUUCUUUUCAUUCAGAAAGUAUUUCUCGAUUGUAUAAUCAAUUUCAAACAUAUAUUACAUCAUUUAGAAGUUAUAAUAGGAAACUUGUCUCGUACGCAUCUAAAAGUUACAAUGUAAGAAAUAGAAUUUAGAAGGGUACCAGUAAAAUUGGUAUCCAGCUACAUAGAAAUUAUAACAAAGAAGGAACCAGAAAUACCGAUUCCCUUUUAAGACAGAGUGCGCUCCAAUCUAGACUACUUUACGGCACAAUGGUUUCCAGGGGUUUCCCAAUGUUAUAAAUAGCAACUCGACUCUUCAAAAACUCUGUCUGGAGGAGGACCACUUCGUUCAUUUCGUAGCCAAUUAUGUAUGUUUAUAAACCUAUCUGUCGAAAUACUGACUUGAUUAUAAAAAUUAUGAUACUGUACAAUUGAAUUGGCCUUAGUUGCCGGUUAGCCAAAUUCAUUCGGCGCUCGACCCAUUUUAUAUACUUGUCAGGCCCGGGUUCAGAAUUUUAUGACUUGGGGGUUGGGGUGUUGGGCGCCAGUCUAGAACGAAGACGUCAUCGCCGAGGCGCAUAGCAAGCGCUGAGAGCGGGUAGGUAUUAGAGGGGUGCCUUUGCCCAUGUUAAGGGUGUCAGGGAGGGUCCCCCGCGUGUUUCUUUUUGUUUGAAAAUACAGGUAUGAAAUGGUGGCCUCUGGUGCAUUUACUAGAGGCUGUACUCCCCUCAUUUUAGGGGGUUCAGAGGCCUCUGGUCUAAAUUUUGAGGUAAUGGAGGGGUUACUCCCCUCUUAUUGGGGGAUGUGGGGGGCAGGGGGCUCUCCCCUGGAAAAUUACCUGAAAUACAGGUAUGAAAUGGUGGCCUUUGGUGCGUAUCUGGGUCUAAUUCUUGAGAAAAAAAUAUUCCUUUGCCAAAAUAGUAGGUUGCAUCUUUGAAUGAGUAAAGGUCACUUCUCAGCCAAAUGGGGUGGGGGAAGGGGGCGGGGUACGAGCCACUUCGACCCGGCCUUGGAUCCGGGCCUGCUUGUCGAUCAUUAUCGGUCAAAAAUGUUCUGGGAUGUUUGUUUUGGCGGAUAGAUCUACUUGAAACACGCUGUUGUUGCAUUUACAAACAUUCCCAUAUCUACCGUAGGUCACAGAUUGAAUGUAUGAAUAAUAUAGAGACUAAACGUUAUGUGUGACAUUAAUGCCUUUCUGCAUACUGGCUAGUGUACCAGAAUUCGGAUCUACAUCUACAGUGUACUGCCCAGCAAUCAAUACUGAUUUUAACUGGGAGGCGCUUUGUCUGGGACAGACUGCUAAAAGAUGAGCAAGCUCAUUCAUUAGGUGCAAAGUUAAAAAAAACAACAAAUUCUAAGAUUAAAAACAUAGGUAUAGAUUAGAAAGUUACAGUUGCCAUUCCAAGGAGAGCACCCCCCCCCCACGUCUUCUUCCCCCCCCCCCCCCCACGCACACACACAAAGAAAUGAGGGGAGUACAGCCACCAGUAAAGGCACCCUUCUAAAUUCUUUUUUUUUUCAGAUUGUAACUUCUAAAUGCGUACGAGAUAAGUUUCCUGUUAUAACUUCUAAAUGAUGUUAUAUGUGUUUGAAAUUGAUUACACAAACAAAAAAAUACUUUUUGAAUGAAAAAAAUCCUAAUAAUGAGACUUGAUGAAACACUUGUAAAGUGAGUUAUGAAAUUAUGCGAUUAGCAAAUAAGGACCUA